GCGUGCGAUAUUUCUGAAAACAUUUGCGCAGCGCGCUUCGAGUCCAGUAUCUAGUUCCAAGUCGAAAGUCCCGAUUUCAAUUGAACGAGCGGGACAAGAUGGCCGACCCAUUGAUUGCUUUAUCCAGCAAUAAAACACAGCUCCAAUUAUAACAUGAGGAAAAUCGACCAAUCACGAAUCCAAUUUGAGGAAACUAUGGAAUAUGCGUUUGUAUACAACACGCAUGAUUGGUCGAUUCGUGUAUGGAUAUGCUGUAACAUAGAAUGCGUUUCGUGUUGUUAGAUUUAAUUUCCAUUGCCAUAGUUCAAUAUUCAGAGAGUUUCGUAUCCACGAGAGGGGAUGAUUUCUUGGCGUUUCUUGAUUUCUUUUAUUUUAAAAAUAAACAUAGAUAAGCCUAAGUCCUCUGGUGGACGAUUACACAGCGCAAUAAUGUGAAUAUCAAUUGGAAUCAAUUAACAAGAGCGUUUUCAAGGAUGACUAUUUUAUUUUAGUACUUCUUUAUACGAUUUAAAAUAUAUUUCGGCAAGUUUCGUUAUUAUUAUUUGAAAUGGAUAAAAUACAAGUUGUUGACAAAAGGACACAUACAACUGUAAAAAAUGAUAAGAAACUUGACAAUGAAACUAUUAGUAACUUUCUUAGUCAAAUUUCUACCAGAAACUCAAAGGAAAAAAUAACAAUGAGAGAUAUAACACCACAAAUUAUUGCAAGCUGUAUAAUUCAUUGCAUGGUUAUAAAAGCUGGUAUAAACAUGGCUUAUAGUACAGUUUUAAUAAAUGGAUUAAUGUCAGACAGUGUUGACCUCAAAAUAACUGAGAACGAAGAAUCUUGGAUAGCAAGCCUAGUUACAAUAACAUUGCCGAUAGGAUCUAUCAUUGCCGGCCCUCUAAUGGAUAAAUUUGGGCGCAAAACGGUUUGUCUAUUAUCUUGUAUUCCUGCAGCAAUAUCAUGGAUUUCAUUGAUAUUCGCUAAAUCUUUAAUUACUAUUUAUGCGGCUCGAGUUAUAGCCGGAAUUGCAGCAGGAUUAACAACUGUUGGAUUGGUUUAUAUAUCAGAACUCUCACAUCCACAAGUCAGACCGAUGCUUCUAUGCCUUAAUUCAGUAUUUGUUUCAUUGGGUAUAUUAAUUACCUGUUGUUUGGCUGUAUUCUUAGACUGGCGUAAAAUUGCUAUAAUUUUCCUUGUAUUAGAGUGUUGCAUUUUUUUUGCAUUUUUCUUUGUACCUGAAAGCCCCUACUGGCUAGUAUUCUUUACAAACGGAAUAUUUGACGAAAAAAGAAUUUACAGAAUGAAAUGCAGUCUAAAACAACUUAACAAACGACAAACGAUUUAUGAGCAAGAAUACUUGCGAAUCAUGGAGACAUACAGAGACCAAGCAAGCGAUGAAGGGUCAAAAAAUAUAACAGUAUCUAUAAAACAUUAUUAUCACAAAUUCACGUCCCCGACCGUCUAUAAACCUAUAGCGAUACUUUUCUUACUUUUCCUGUUGCAACAACUUUCUGGUUGCUAUGUGAUCAUAUUUUAUGCCAUUUCUGUCUUUCAUGAAAUGGGUGGAACAUUUGGCAAAGGUUUUGAUGAAAACGAUGCCCUUAUUAUGUUAGGUAUCAUUCGAUUCAUUGUAAGUAUUCUAACAGUGUUUUAUAGUAGAAAAUAUGGCAGAAGAGUUCUCUGCAUCUUGAGUGGAAUUGGAAUGACAAUCUCUAUGUUUCUUUCGGGAAUGUAUAUGUAUUUCACAAUGUCGUACGAUGAAAAUGGUAAUAUAGAGGAAACCAUGGUGGAUCAAAAAUGGUUAUUACUAUUUUUUGUAUUAUCUUACAUUUGCACCAGUACAUUCGGAUUUAUAAAUAUACCGUGGACGUUGAUUGGAGAAUUAUUGCCUGUAUCCAUACGUGGUAUUGGUGGGGGUCUCAUGGUUUCUCUUGCUUAUAUAAUGAUGUUUGCUGUUGUGAAAAGCUAUCCUUUUAUUUUGAAAAGCAUGAGUAUUGAAGGUAUCUUUUUCUCUUUUAGCUUUAUCUCCCUGAUAGGCACAGCCUUUGUGUAUUUUUUUUUGCCAGAAACUUUGGGCAAAUCAUUUUCUGAUAUUGAAAAAUACUUCUUGUCUAAAAGAGAGAGGGAAACAUUCAAUUCUAGAACUUAGAACUUUGUAGAAUUUUUUGCUUUUAUUUCAAUUUAUUUAGGUAUUUUGCAUGAUAUUAAUAAUGUUUUCUAGUGAAGCAAGUUAGGUCACUCAGAGAGUGAUUAACUAAAUCAUAAACUUUGUUUUGGAUUGCUAAGAGUAUUGGAUUAUUAUAUUAAUCAAUGAAAUAUUUUGAAUAAGCAUGUGGUUAAUCAGGAUAAAGAAUUUUGUAAUUUAAAAUCAAAAUAGCAUCAAAUGGGAUGAUUAUUAAUGUAUUACUUAUAUUAAUCAAAUUCAAAAUCCAUUUCUAAUCAAAAAUAUAUUUAUAACAAAUUAUGAUCAAAUCUGAUUCACUCGAAAAUGCUAUAAUAGUGAUUGAUAAAAGACUGUUUACUUAAUCCAUUACAAAAAGAAAUGUAAAAUAAUCUCAGACAAUAAAUUGGGAAAAGUCCUAGAAGUAAUCAGUUACAGAUGAUUAAUUUUA